CAAUGUAGCGCCGCCCCAGCUCCUCAUGCCUUUAUUUCUCUUUCUUUUCUUCUUUAUAAACCAGUUCACCAAUCCUCUCUUAAUUUCCCAAUUCUUUUUUCCUUCCUUCUCCGGUUUUCCAACAGUUUUUUCUUUCUUCACUGAUUGAAGGCUUUGCGAUGGAGACUGGCACACCAUACAGGUCUAGAUUUCGGUGAAACACAAGCUGGGUUCGUAACAGAUGCUUCAAUUGAUGGCUUCCAUGCUAGAAAAUGAGGAUAAAUUAAAGGGAGAGCUGUACAAUGCUAUACUGAAGGAAGACGUGGAGAAAGUGAUAGAACUUUGUGAACGUUUUGCUGACCAUGCAAUGCACAGACUGACCAUACACGAAGACACGGUGCUCCACGUGGCCACGUACUCGAAACAAACUGGCUUGGUUCUUAGACUUCUCGAAACAUUGCCUCACCACCAUAUCCACAAGAUUACCACCAGCAAAAAUGUUUCUGGAAACACUGUCCUCCACGAGGUUGCUACUCUUGACGACUGCUCGGUGGAGGUAGCAACGAAGAUAUUAGAGAAAGCCCCAGAGUUGUUAAGCAUGCGCAACGAGCUUGGAGAAAGCGUACUCUUUCAGUCAGCCCGCUAUGGUAAGAUAAAGAUUUUCAACUUUCUGGCGGAUAAAAUUUCAAAAUAUGAUGAAGAUACGCUGAAAUCACUUAUCCAGAGGAAUGACAAGACCACUAUUCUUCACAUUGCCAUCCUUGCUCGCCAAUUCGGUUUGGCUCUGAAUAUAGCAAGAAGGUUCCGACAUAUAAUUGGUGAAGAAGACCAAGAUGAGAUGACCGCUCUUCAGCUUCUGUCUUGCAUCCCCUCUGCUUUUGAACCCGUGCGCAAAAGUGGAUCCUAUGUGAGAAAUUUCAGCAAUGUUCCGGAGAGCCGUGAAUCCGCGUUGGACCUAGCCGAACUCUUAGUAGAAGAAGAUACCUCGUGGAAGUGUACUAGCUCUAACAUGGACUUGAGUAAGCCAACGCCGCACAUAUAUGGUAGUCGCUCAACUCGCUCCAAUGCUUCAUCUGCUGAUGAGAAAAAAGUUCCGGAGAGCCAAGAAUUCGUGUCGAAGCUAGCCAAACUCUCAGUAAAAGAUGGUAGUUCUAAUGUGAACCUAAGUAAGUCAAAGCUGCCCAAAUACGGUAGUUGCUCUGGUGUUUUAUCUACUGAUGAGACGGGAGGUAGUUCUCGGCAACCAUUGAAACAAGGAGGAGUUACACCGUUGUUUCUAGCUACUAAGUCAGGCUGCGUAGAGAUCGUUAAAGAAAUACUCAAAAUAUACCCUCAGGCAGUAGAGCACAUAGAUGAUGAAGGGCAGUGCAUAUUGCAUGUAGCUAUCAAGUACCGCCAGUUGGAGGUGUUCGAGCAUGUGUCUAAAAUGGAAGUACCGAUGAGGUGGUUAGUACGAAGGCUUGACAACAAUGGGAACACUAUUUUACAUAUGGUUGGAAUGCCAAUACAUGAUUAUGUACCUGAAAAGAUGUUGGGCCCUGCACUUCAAUUGCAAGAGGAGCUGCUCUGGUUUGAGCGUGUAAAGUCAGUUACAAAAGAGGCUUUCGUUUGUCAUCAGAACAAUAUGAAAGAGACAGCUGAAGCAUUAUUUGCUACUACGAAAUCCAAGCUCCGGAAUUCAGCCAGAGAUUGGCUAAUUCGCACAUCAGAAGGAUGCUCCAUUGUGGCAGUUCUCAUCGCGACAGUUGCCUUUACAGCAGCCUACACAAUACCAGGAGGUCCUGAUCAAAAAACUGGUUUUCCAGUCCUUCUCUAUCACCCUUUCUUUUUGGUCUCCACAGCAAGUGAUGUACUCUCACUUGCAUGUGCUUUGACAUCAGUGGUUAUGUUUCUUUCAAUCCUCACAGCACCAUUUCGAUUGGAAGACUUCAAGCAUUCGCUUCCUAACAAGCUCAUGCUAGGCUUCACAUUUCUGUUUUUCUCCGUUGUAAUGAUGAUGAUAUCAUUUUCUGCAACAAUCAUCCUCAUGGUACAUGGUAGUGAAAGGUGGACAAAAAUUCUCUUCUAUUCCCUUUCUUUCCUUCCAGUUGGCAUCUUUGCACUAGCAUAUUUCCCUCUUUAUCUUUCUGCGACGAAAACUCACAAGCACUUGCUCAAGAAGAUAAAAGAGGCAUUUCCUUGCCGUUGUUGGUUUCCUACUGUGUCUAGAGACACCUAUUUCUUCCACAGCAAUCGAGCCGAAAUUCUCCUUCAAGGUGGGAGCAAUAAUAAUUCCAGUCGAGACAACCCAGAGGGAGAACACUUUGGUUUCCAGGAUACAUCACAGACCAAGCUAUUUUCCGUUUAAGAAAGCCAAAUUGUUGCACUUAUGAAAAGCAUUCUGUCAUCAUGAUAUGUGUAGGAAUUCUUCAUGGGAACUAGAGAGACAAACGGUGUUGAUAUGUAUAUA